UUCUCCCCCCCGCCCCCCCAGGGCCGCCAAGCUGUCGAGCCUUUGAUCAAUAGAGAUGUCAUGGAGGCCUCACUCGCUGCAGUCCACGCCGGCAUAAGUAACUAUACCUGUCAACUGAGGGUGAUGGGACUGAUUGAUGAUAACCUCAACAUAAACCUGAAUGAAGCCAUCAAUCAAUAUGUCAACAUUCCUAUCGACUCUUAUCUGAGGGAAGACUUGGUUCUAAGCGUCCGAUACUGCAAGGAACAGUCGGACCGUAUGCCACUCGAGUUACUCACCGUGCCAUCACCAACUGUCUUCCGAAUCCUCUCCUUCGCCAAGUGUGAGAGGAAAUUACGUCGGUUUUCCUGCCUCAAGAAGGAUUUGAGGGAUAAUAUUAAUUUAGUGGAAUUCUCAGCCAUUCCUGACAUCGGUGGUGCUGGACCUAUUGAUAAUCUCGCCAUCAUCUUAACGGCAGCUGGAACACUGGAUGAAUUGGAUUUCUUCUAGGCUAUCUAGGGAGACCAUUCUCCCUCUCUCUCUCUCUCUCUCUCUCUCUCUCUCUCUCUCUCUCUCUCUCCACUAUCCACUCUACAGUAUCCACAAUCCACAAACCACUCUCCAGUACCCACUAUCCACUUGUCACCUCAGCUCAAAAAUCCAAUACAUUUUAAUAAAGUGUAUAGAACAAA